GCACAUAUACAUUGUCUUAGCUAGAUUCGAUAAAAAUCUUAUUUUCAAGUAUUAUAUUUCCAGUUUUACAACAAACCUGGCACACGAUGCCUUUCGAAUUAAACAAAAUCGGGGUGUUCGUUAUUUUAUAUUUUACGAGCGGAAUUUGUUCCCAAUCGGUUCUAGAUGAUAGAGAAAUUAAUAAACUUUUUAAAAAUAAUAAAGCUUUUCGAAGAGAUGAAUCAGAAAAUAUUUCUUUGAAGUACCAAUGUCGGUAUAGAGAUAGCGAGGCACUUUAUCCAAAAGAUUAUUGGGGUUACGCAGUUGCAGGAUAUUGUUAUAAAUAUACCCUGCCAAGCAGAAGGAAUGGGUGUCUCUCGUUUGGAGAAACACGCGUUUCUGCAACUGAAAAUUUUUUAGUUCCUUUUAUAAAUUUAACUGCCACACCUUCAAUCGAUAUGGAAGGACUUACAUUAUUCGAAUACCAAAAUGACACUUUUGUAAACGAGAUCAUAGCCCCAUUUUUUAAAACACAACUUUUCGUAGAUCAAUGGUUGGAAUGUAUUGAUAAUGGAAUUGAAUGUUGCGAAACUUUUAAUGACGAAGAUUAUAAUGUUAAUCCAACUUUAGAAUAUCCAUGCCCGGCGUUAUGGGAUGGUUGGCAAUGUUGGAAAUCUGCCAAAGCAAAUACAUAUUCCUCCUUGGAAUGUCCAAUUUACGCAAUUACAGGAGGUCAAAAAAUUUGUAAUCUGUAUAGUCAACGAGAAUGUGAUUCAAAUGGUGAAUGGAACCACACAACUGAUACAUCUGGCUGUGCACUUGCCUCGAUUUACAGAAGACGUCACAAUUUUCACAUAAUAGUACUUUCUAUAUCGAUCGUUUUAAUAAUGCCGGCGAUAAUUAUAUUUCUGGCUUUUUCAAAAUUACGAGUUGCUAAAGAUUGGGAAACUUUUAAUUUACCUUUGUAUCGCAACCUGUUGAUUUGUAUCGUCGUAAAAAAUAUUCUCACGAUUAUAUCGAAAGAUGCCGUCAUCUUGGACUCGUUAGUUACCAAUUCUACGGAAACCUCGCAGACGAUUUUAGAAGGUAACGGGGUUUGGUGUCGAAUAUUAGCUUUCUUUGAAAAUCUAUCGAAAAAUUUAGUUUUUACUUGUAUGGUUGUUAUCGCGUAUUUUUUACAUAAAUCGAUAGCGAGAUUUUUUACGAAUGGUUCUAAUUUGAAGAUGUAUUGGCUGUAUUUAGGGGUUUUAGGUGUUUCCUUAAUCCCUUCAUUAUGCUGGGCAAUAGUUUCCUCAAUUUUUAAUAAUCAAACUUGUUGGAUGGUCGAUGAAAACGGUUAUCAAUGGAUUACUGAUGGAUUUAAAUAUUUUAUAUUAGCGAUUAAUUUAUUGCUUCUUUUGGAUAUUAUUCGCGUACUUUUAACUGGAAGAGUUCAAACAGAUCGACAAACUUUAAAAUCAGCCGCUAAAGCAAUAUUAUUUUUAAUCCCCCUUUUCGGAGUUCCUUUAAUUUUAACGAGUCAACGAAGUUUAUUUGACAAUGAGUCUUGUUCGAAUGGUUAUUUUUAUUUAACUUAUUCAAUAGAAGCAAUUCAAGGUGUUAUAAUAGCUAUCUUAUUUUGUUAUUUAAGUAAAAAGGUUCAUAAUGAAAUUAAAAAAAGCUAUCGAAAUUUUGCAAUAAAUAUCGAACAAAGAUACAACAUUCGCCUUUGGAGGCCCGCUCAAGAACCAAGAAAAACAGCAACAACAAACGUAAGAUUUUCGACGUCUGUGAAUAAUAAUAACAUUCCUAGACCAUCAAAUUGUUGGGAAACGUUUACUUAACUUUGUUUUAAGUUAAUUAUUAUUUCUAUUUUUAUAAUUAUUUCAUUGCAAUCUCAGAAAAUAAAAAUUAAGUGUAAUUAAAUUUCGUAAUUAUUCCAGGCGAAACCGGCAGCUUUAGUACCGUUAAAUUCUAGAAGAUAGGAUAUAAACAAUUUUUUUUUGUUAUAGUUGAAUCCAUGAUAA